CUGAAUCUCGUUUUCUUUCUCCUUCACGUUUUUCUCAAUCUCUCAAUCACAAUUCUUUCGAAUUCGAUUGAAGGUACGCUCUCUCUCUCAAGUUUCUUUUUCUGUUUCUUCUUGUUUUCGGGUUUGAAUCUACACCUAGGGUUUCGAUCGAGUUCAAGGGUUUGGAUCGACGGAUGACCCUUGCAAUUUCCAGGGUUUUCCAUUUCGAUUACAUCACCAAUGGGCGAAUUGAAGAUAGAAGAGAUGUCUCUCCCUGCUCUGUUCGAUCAGGCUCGAAAGAUUCAUCUAUCAGCUUCCGAAUCUGGCAUUGAUCAUGGUGUUUUACUUUCUGAAGUUGUAGGGAUGACAGUCUGGCAAAAGAUCGAUGAUGGCAGCAACAAGCCUUAUAUCUGCUUUGACUUUUUAAGCAGAUAUUCGUGUUGUCUGCUGUGUCCCCUGAGAAGAUGCCACUGGUGUUGCCGAAUAUCAAAAAAGUUCUUAAGCCAAAUGGUUAUUUGCUUUUCUGUGACUAAGCCACUGGUGACCUUACUCAGAUUGCUUUUGCGUGGGCUAUUGUGGAUAUUUAUUUUUGUGUACGACGAGCAUUUGUUCUGUAUAUGGAAGACAUCUAUUUUUGUACAAUUAUGUGUUUUGGGAAUACAGUGUUUUUGUAUGUAAUAUUUAAUUUAGAUGCAUUACACUUGGUUGAAAUGGAUUUAUAUGAUACUUGGAAUAAGAUGUUACAAGUUAAAGUUUUUAGAUAGUUGAUAAUGAAAUGGGUAUUAUUGAUAA